CAUGUGAUAAUUCGACGUGUGGUUCGUGCAUUUUGCCUCAGUUUUCUCAAUUUUCACUCCAAAACAAUGUCUUCUGGAGAUUCUUUGGGCAUCAUCCCUACGAAGGCAAUGCUGUUGCGCAGCGGGAGUGCGUCAGAAUUCACGGCAACGGUGUUUGAGGAGAGAAAGCACCACCGAGAGGAGCGAAAGCGAAAGAAAAACAUUGACCAUAACCACAAAUCGACAGAGCGUGUGCCGAAAGACGAGGAGAGUGUCUUCGAUAUACGGAAGGCGCGAAACGAAGUGCUGAAGUUGGGAUUGUCUGGCUUCGAGGAAGUGGAGAAGAAGAAGGCACAGGUGGAGAUGGCAGUGAAGUUGGGGGCCAAACCGGCGAAGAGGGAGUACAAGAACUACAAAGUGCUGCAGGAGGAGCGAAAGCUCGCGAAGGAGGCGCAGGAACAGCAGCAGAGCCUGCAGAAUGUGGGGAAGAAGGCGACCGGUGAGGCGCUCUUCAGCUACAAGAAGUUCACGAGGGGGCACAGAAAGCGGAAGGGCGACUCGGAAGUUCUGAAGGAGUACGGCAGAAUCUCUGCGGACAAACUGUCGGCUUUGACGACGAAAAAGAGGAAAACAUAGGCU